CGAGGGGCGAGGGCGGCGGGGCCCCCGGAGCCAUGCACUGAGCGCCCGGAGCAGCCGGCGAGCGAAGUUGGGGUGGAAGAUGAACAACGCCGAAAUUUCAAAACCACCAUUAGCACCGAAACCAAAGAUUAUUGGUCAUCUUUCUCCAGCACCUGUCUCCAAAUUUUCUCCUUCACUGCCAAGAGCUGAUAUUCUUCAUCACCCAAACUCUGUGUCUAGGGGUCCGAAACCACCUAUUGCUCCCAAGCCAAAAUUCUCAGCUGACACUGAGGGCAAAUCCAGUGUUUCUAACAACAAUAAUUUAAAUAAAUGUGCAAAUGGGAAACUGCUGUGUCUUGGGGGAGAACUGUGUGAAGGAAACCAAUGCAAUGCUGAUUGCCUAGGAUCUGAGGCAGAUAAUGAAUACAUUGUAGUUCCUGAAGGUGAGCUGCCCAGCAAAGACUCUAAUGAUUUGGAGCAUGAGCAUGAUCAAAAUCUAGAUUCCUCUGUGGAAAAUGAAGUCUCAGAAACUCCAGAAAAGGUAGAGAAGGAAGAGGAUAACAUUGCUAGUAGUGAGAAUACCAGUAAUCGAGAAGUCUUCGGAGAUGAGCACCGUAACUCUUCAGAUACUGCUGAACCAAGGGAACCAGACUCUGAGGAGUCAUCCAGAGACUGUGAUCAGUUCAAAGCACUUUGUGAGGAGUCAUUAGAUGCCCCGGAUAGGGAUAGCAAUGCUACCAAGAAUGUAGAUGAAGAUGAGGAUUUUGUAGGUGAUUGUACUGAAACCAAAAACAGGCAAGAAACUUCUUACAACCUGGAACUGGUCAAGAACAGUAGUGAUUGUGAGACUGAUAGUGAUAACAUUUUGAAUAGAGAUGAGAAGGUAAUGGAUGAUACUUGUAGAGAUACCAUUCCAAUGCCACUGCCUGCAGAUGAAUCGAUCCCAGCUUGUGAGAAAGUAGGGCAAGAGGAGGAACUGCCUGAGAUUUUAGAAAUGGCAGAUGGGUGUCUAGCACAAAAUGAUGACCGCAGUGUGCAUGCAGAGCUUGAUUUGAACAUGGAAGGGGACUUAGAAAAUGAUGACUGUGCAAACCCUGACAUGCUGCCUGAGGAUGCCAGUGAAGAAACAAGUCCUGACUUAGAACUGUGUGGAGAUGAACGCGGUGCCAAAAACGGUUUAGCAGAGUUCACCCAUCAAGCAGCAGCUGAAGAGAAGGAAGUAGACCCAAAUGAGCACAAUAAUACAAACACAGGAAAUGCCAGUGAUGGCUGCCAGAUCACUGAGAGGAAAAGUGAGAAGACAUCAGAGGCAGCCUGUGAAGGAAGCAAAGUCUCUGGGAAAGAGGAAGAAGAAACUGUGAAUGCAGAGAAUAUGGAUGACAGGUGUCAGAUUGCACCUUGUGAGAAUGAAUGUCACGAGGAAAUACCUCUGGAACAUUCAGUUGAGAGUCUUCAAACAGAAGAAGCCUCUCUGCAUGAAGAUGGCAUGAUUUCUGAUAGUCUGCCUUGUAGUCCAGGGAUGGAGCCAGAGGUAGAAGCUGUAACUGUUGAAGAGGAUAAUGAAAAUACUGUCAAGGCCUCUAAGUCAGAUGAGUUGCAACAGAAAGACAAUGAGGUGGAAGCAAACAGCCUCAGCAAAAGUGUCCAAAGUUUUCCUGAAGAGGUCCCACUUGAGGACAACUUAGAAAUCUGUAAGCAUGGCAAAAUUAAUGUAGAAUGUGGGACCAAAUGUGUUUUGCAUGAAAAUCUAGCAGUCCCUGAAGUGGUCAUUGUGACUGAUGAAUUGGAGGAAAGAGAAACUAGCAGUGAUUCCCUAGAUGAUCCUUAUGUGCUUCCUGAAGAAAAUGAAAUUGUCCAUGAUGUGCAGACUGAUUUAGGAGCUGAUCACAGUAAAAAGGGUGAAUUAGGCAUGGAUGGUGAAAACAACUUGCUGCCCAUUGAUUGUAAAAGUAUUGUCACUAGAACACGAUCUCUCUCUGGGAGAAUGCCAGGCUAUGUCCCAGAAACUGUUCCAGAAGAAACUGGUCCUGAAACUGAUUUACCCUCUUCCCGAAAUGGCUGUGAGACAGAAGACUUGAGCAAUAAUUCCUUUUCAUUGGAAGGAAAACCAGUGGAAGCCAACAGGGCUUUACCAACCAAGUCAAGACGCUUUCUUUUAUAUCCUCGAUCUUAUUCUGUUGAAGGGAGAGAGAUACCUAUCUCUGUUUACAGAGAAAGUGAUGUCUGUGUACUGGAUGGUGUUAGAAUAAAAAGGACAGAAGAUAACUUGUCCUUGCCUUGUGUCAAUGGUUCCUCAGGUAGUUUUUCCCAGCAAAAUCAUCUCUCAUCGUGUGGCGUAUCUACUCCAUCCUCAGUUGUUGAUAUACCACCUCCGUUUGAACUUGCCUACAUCACCAAAAAGCCAAUCACUAAAAGUUCACCUUCCCUUUUGAUAGAGAAUGACUCACCUACUAAGUAUUCCAAGAAAAAGAAGUCUUCUUUUAAGAAGUUUCUUACUCUAAAGUUCAAGAAGAAAAGUGAGAAUAAAGUUCAUGUAGAUGUUAAUGUUUCUUCUUCAAGGUCCUCAUCAGAGUCUAGCUAUCAUGGGCCUCCUAGGCUGAUGGAGCUGGAAGGAAGGAGCCUAAGUAGCUCACCUCAACUAAAAUCUCAUGUGGGUAAGCUCCGUGCAUCUGAGUCUUCUUCAGCUGUUCUUUUCUAUAAGGAUGGUAAAAGAAAAGGAACGCCCAAGUCCUUCAGCAGGAGUGUGUCAAGGGUGGAGUCCUUUGAGGACCGGUCCAGACCUCCUUUCAUGCCACUGCCAUUGACGAAACCUAGGUCUAUUUCUUUUCCCAAUGCUGACACAUCUGACUAUGAGAACAUUCCUGCUAUGAGUUCUGACUAUGAAAACAUACAAAUUCCUCCUCGGAGAUCCACCAGAGCAGGAACUUUUACUGAGUUUUUUGAAGAUCCCAGCAGGGCAUUAUCUGCUGCUAAUGAGAAUGAUGGCUAUGUGGAUAUGAGCAGCUUCACUGGCUUUGAAAACAAGCAGCAAACCACAGACCAGGAAACAGAAAGUGCCUACACUGAGCCCUACAAGGUGUGCCCAGUCUCUGUGACACCAAUGGAAGUAGUCACAUCAGAUGAGGAACAAAAGAGUUCAGAAGAUGAUGACAGCAGCCUUGGUGAUCCAAGUCUCACCAACAAGGUCUCACUGACAGCAGUCAGAACAGUUUGGAAUAUGACCAUUUUGAUAAAGAACUCCCUUUUCCAGAUGAAAGAAGGCCAGUCCAGAGCUUACCUCAUUGCCCAGGAACUAAUGUCUUCAGAAAAAGUAUACGUGGAAAUGCUCCAGUUGUUACGUAUGGAUUUCUAUGAAGGUAUCUUGAAAGUUCUCGGAGAUGAUGAUGAAAAUGAACAAGAGGAAGUUAAACUCAAGCAAGGUUUAAGUGAACUCCCUGAAAUUUAUGAAUUACACCAAGACAUCCUGGAAGAACUGGAAGAGCGAGUCCUUAAAUGGGAUGAACACCAGAAAGUUGCUGAUGUUUUUCUCUCCAGAAAAUCAAGGCUGCAUCACCACUCAGCAUACAUUAUGCAGUUUGACAGGAAUUUGGCUUUGCUAGAUCAAAUGUGCCUUAAAUAUUCCCAACUGGCUACCAUGAUUCAGGAGUUUGAGCAAAGCUCCAGUGACAGCCCUUACAGUGUGAAACACCAGCUUCUGAAAGUGGUACACCGUGUCUUCCAGUAUCGUGUGAUGCUCACAGAUUACUUGAAUAAUCUUUGUCCUGAUUCUACCGAGUAUGAAGCCACACAAGCUGCCUUAUUCAUUGUUUCUGAAAUCACAGACCAAGCCAAUGACAGCAUGCUCCAAGCGGAAAACUUGCAGAAGCUAGUACACAUUGAACACAGUGUGAGAGGGCAGAGUGGCCUCCUCCAGCCAGGAAGGAUCUUUGUUAAAGAGGGAACACUGAUGAAAGUCUCUGGCAAAAACAGGCAUCCUCGACAUUUGUUCUUGAUGAAUGAUGUUCUGCUGUAUACAUAUCCCCAGAAGGAUGGCAAAUACCGACUGAAAAACACUUGGGCUGUAUCAGGCAUGAAGGUCAGUCGCCCAGUGAUAGAGAAAGCCCAAAACAUCCUGAAGAUUGAAUAUGAUGAGCAAUGCCUGACCCUGUCAGCAAGCUCUUGCUCAGAAAGGGAUGACUGGUACAGCUGCAUCACCAAACACAUCCCAGAUGACUGCAAAGCUCACAAGACUUCGACUUUCCACAGUAGCGUGGAGCUAAGGGAAAGGCUUGGAAUACCCUUGGGUGAGAGGCCUCCUACACUGGUGCCUGUGUCCCAUGUCAUGAUGUGCAUGAACUGUGGCUGUGACUUUACCCUCACUUUGAGGCGACAUCAUUGCCAUGCCUGCGGGAAGAUUGUAUGUCGAAAUUGUUCAAGAAACAAGUACCCUAUGAAGUACCUCAAAGAUCAAGUAGCCAAAGUCUGUGAUAGCUGCUAUGUGGAACUUAAGAAAAGAGAGCGACCACUAAGUGUGAGCUUCCCUCCAGCUUCAUCUAGGUGUUCAAGCAGUGCCUUCUCCUCUGUUUUCCACAAUAUUCAUUAUUCAUCUUUUAAGAAACAGAAGAAAAUCCCUUCAGCUCUCAUGGAGGUGGCAGCCUCAGGAGAGGGAGCUACCAUAAGUGGUUACCUCAGCAGAUGUAAGGGAGGCAAAAGACACUGGAAGAAACGCUGGUUUGUUAUCAAAGGCAAAGUCCUCUACACCUACCUAGCAAACGAGGACAAAGUUGCUACAGAAAGUUUGCCUUUGUUGGGUUUCACCAUUGCCCCAGAAAAGGAGGAAGGAAGCGUGGAUACAGUUUUUCAUCUCUACCACAAGCAGACCCUCUUUUAUAGCUUCCAAGCAGAGGAUAACAAUUCAGCACAUAGGUGGAUUGAAGCCAUGGAAGAAGCGUCCAUAUUAUAGCAGCUUUCACUCAAUGAACUUGGAAUAAAUUCUCAGAUUUCUAUACAUUUCCAGCAACACUCUUCUGACUUACAACACUGAACAAUGUAUUUCAGGCCCGCUGGCCCCACACACUGGAUCUGAACUGUUUCCAACUUGCUCUUUUUCUUCCUUCUUACAUACACAUUGUUGCAAAUGAAAAUAUCAAGAUAAGAGAUUAUUUAUGGUGAUCUUUAUGUCUGUGCAAGUUCAGCCUGUACUAUAAGCUUCCCUUCUGAUCCCACAGUAAACUAAGUUUAACAUCAAGACCUGGAAAUAUUGACUACAGUAAGUAACAGACUCAGUUUUACUUAUUCCAGAGCACUGUUGUAUCUCAUUGUGUUGGUUUUGUUGUCUACUGUGACAUGAGAAAUAAUGCAGUAAACAACAAAUGAUCAUUUAAAGCACUUUAUCAUUUUUUAUUGAACUACAGCCUCAUUUUCUUCAUGUUUCUAAGGAGUUCUGUGGCCUGAUUUAUUAAUUGUCCAUUAACAGGCACCAGAAUGAAAUUAUGCCCUGCGUAUUCUAAAUUGCUUCCACAGAAAAUGAUGGAAAAACACAAUUUACCUGGUCUACCAACACUUCUCUGUGAUCCAACAUAGUUACUUACUAUCAAUUUAUAAUUUUACACAAAUCAUCAUAUAAUUUACAUUAAAGGUUUAGUUUCAUAUCACUGCAGUACUUUGAAAUGCACUCCAGUAACUCUACAGAGCCAGAUGCUGAAUUAUAUCUCUCUAAAUACUUCAGACUCAAACCCAAAGGUUAUUUUUAAUUUAUUAUUAAACUACAGACAGUUUUUAUUUAACACAUCUACCUAGUAGUGUUAAGAUUUUUAUCAUCUAUUUAAAUACUGUAUCUUUAUUUUCAAAACUCCUGUUGUUUCUGCUGUUCUUGUUAAGAAAAAUGUCAUCAAAAGUUGGUCCACAUAACCAGUACAGCAUUUGAAAUAUGCUGGGUGGACUGAAAUGCACUUGUCUGAACCUGCUCUGCUGGAGUAAUUUGGAAUUCCUGUGGCCACACCUGUCCUAUGUCAGACUGCUGUGGUGUUUUACACCAGCUGAGGAUAUAGAUCUCCGGAGUUUGGGGGUAGGGUUUUUUGUUUGGUUUGGGUUUGGUUUUUUUUGUUGUGUGGGGUUUUUUUUUUUUUGGUUUUGUUAUUUUGGUUAUUGUUGUUGCGGUGGGGUUUUUUAUGUUUUAGGUGGGAGUUUUUAUAAAGAAGAUUGAGAAGUGAUGUUCUAAUCAUUGCAAUACAGUGAUUUUGUCCUCAGUCAUAAUAUUUAACUGAGGAACAGAAUUACAUCUACGAUUAAAAUAUAUCUUUAUAUAAAAAUAACAUGUUCAAGAAUUUACUUACAUUAAAUUAUAUUGGCGGGAAUUUUUAUUGCUUUUAUUUUUCCCUUUCUUCAAGGAACUUAAUGGAGAUCUGAAUUUUUGACCCUAACAAUUUUUUUAGAUUUUUCCAUACUUUUUAAAGGUCUAUAAUAUAUAUCAAAUGGUAAGGUAGGUCAAUUUAUCACCAGGAUAAACAAGCUUAAAGAAACAAAUACACAUCUACCACUAAAUAAAAAGCUCAUUUUGGGGUUGGUUUUUUUUUAUCCAUCUGACUUUGACCAUUCCAUUAAGCAUAUAUUAUCAUGUGCAAACAGAAACCAAGAAUGAGAAAAAUAAAACUUUUGUAUUCUUUAAUUAAUGGAUGAACAGCAAGGUUAACUUUGUUUCAUGUAGAGCCAUGGCCUUGCUACCAAUACACUGUAAAUGUUUAUCCCCCCUUGAAAACAUUUUGCACUAACAAGAAAAAUAAGACAACAUUGAAUACAGAGCAAGAUCUCUAACCAUGGUCUGAAACAAAACAAAAUUCACUAGAGAAUGACAAUAUUAUGAAGAUUUAGGUGCUGACAUGUAGUGACUGUUGUAUGAAGCUUUCAGCUGGAAGCAGGAAAUUAACAUGAAAAUAUUUUGUAAAAAAUAAGAUACAGUGCUAUUAAACAUUGGUUAAAGUAAUGUAGAGAAAUAAAAGAGCAAAACAUAA